AUGCUAAAAGAAGGACGCAAACAAGCUGUUUUAAGGAAAAAUGUUUCGAAAAAGCGAAAAAGUGGUUUCAGAGGCACUUCAGUCCAUGAAUUAAAGCGCCAGAAUAAAGAGAAACGGCCAAAAGUAGGAGUUACUUUCGUCGAUGAAGACGAUGUGGUCAGCGAGCUAAUUCCACCACCAGCUGUGCCUGCAUCUUCCAGAAAGAUUCAAGUCUCUGAGACCGAAAGCCUCUCAGAUGAGAAUUCCUAUAACGCUUUCGAGUCAGCAAAUGGUUAUCGCCUUGUUAGCAUGGAUAGUUUAAGGAAAUUUUGUAACAGGAUUCAUUCACACUCUACAUGCUCUUCAGGCCAUGUUGAGUUAGAAGAAGACUGUACAAGUAGAUUUGGCUUGAGCAGUUCCAUCUAUGCCAGGUGUGAUGAAUGUGGAAUGUCAGAACUACUUGCUACUGGAUACCACAAAUCUGAUGCCACAUUACCGAAUACUAUCCAAGGAAAAGAUUUAAAUCGGAGAGUUGUUUAUGGUGCCUUUGAAAUGGGUUUAGGAAGGGAAGGAAUAGCCAAACUCUGCGAAGUGUUAGAUAUGCCUUUCAGUAUUUCAAUUGAUACAUGGUAUAGACAUGAGGAUGCUCUCUUAGAAGCCCACACUGAUGUCGUCCGAGAAGAACUGGCCAAGAACAGAGCUGAAGCUAGAAAACUUGCAUUUCUAGAGAUGGGUGAGGAAGAUAACAAUGAGAAUGCAAUAGCUGAAGUACCAGUGAGUUUUGAUGGCACCUGGUCCAGGCGAGGCUAUUCUGCCAAUCACUGUGUAAGCUUCGUAAUAUCAGCAGCAUCUGGAAAAGUUCUUGACUUUGAGGUCAUUUCUAAAGUCUGCAGUCAGUGUAACCAGAAAAAAGCCAAUUGUACACAAGAGGCAUUUGAGGAUUGGUUGCAAACUCAUGACUGUCAAGGCAGCUAUGGUGGUUCCAGUCCAAGUAUGGAAAUGGAAUGCGCUAAGCGAUUAUGGGGUAGGAGUGAACAAUUUGGCUUAAUGUACAAGUGGAUGAUAUCUGAUGGAGACUCAAAGUCUUAUUCAUCAAUAUGGAACAUAUAUGGAGCAUGUGACACUUGCAAUUGCUUCGAGAAAAUGGAACCAACAUCUAAGGAGUACAUUUCAUGGACAGCUUCAAGUGAUUACAAAGAAUGGGAAGAGGGACAUCUUCAAGGAACUGCUGAUUGCAAUCGAGUUAUUAAACUUGAUUGCAUAGGCCAUGUGCAGAAACGUCUUGGAAAGGCCCUUUAUGAUUUCCAGAAGUCCACCACAAAACUGGAGGAUGGCAAACCUGUUAAAGGUAGGAAUGGAAGGCUGACCAAAACUGAAAUAGAAAAACUUAAGAAAUAUUAUGGAAAAGCUGUCCGCAACAAUGUCAAUAGGGGCAUCUCAACAACUGAAGAACGAGACAGAGCUGUGGCAAACAUGAGAACAGAAAUAAAGGCUGGCCUUUAUCACUGUUUAAAGCUGCCAUUAAAGGAAAGACAUCAGUACUGCCCAUCAAACUCUUGGUGCAAGUAUAAGAAAGGUUUACCAUGUCCAGACAAACCUCAUCAUCUUGAUCCAGUUUUUAAAAAAUGUCUUGAACCAAUCUAUGACAGACUGAGUGACCCUGCCCUCCUUGCAAGAUGUUUGCCUGGCUACACACAGAAUUCAAAUGAAUCUAUAAAUGCUUUGGUGUGGAAUAAGUGCCCCAAGAGUAAAUGGCAUGGAAGAAAAAGAGUUCUGAUGGCAACAUGUUCUGCUAGUUUACACUUCAGCAGUGGUGCCUCCGUGAAGAACCAGGUCAUGUUGAAGGCUGGACUGAAUGUGGGGGUACAUACAAGGAAAGAAUUUAAGAGGAGAGAUUCUAAAAGAGUAAAACAGGCUGAGGCAAGAGUGGACAAACAGUACAAGAACUACAGAAUCAUGAGGAGGCAGGCAAAACAAAGGGAUGAAGAGCUGAGGUCCAACCGGGAAGGUGUGACAUAUGAGGCGGGAGGCUUCAAUGAUCUUGGACUGAACAGUGGACCAUCAAGAAAGAGGAAAAAAAAAUGAACAGACAUAAAAACCAUUCCCUGGUAACAUUUACUGCUGUUUGAUAUAGUAUUAUGGUGAAAUAUCAAAGCAAAUCAGUAGUUGAGAGAAUGGAAGUCAUUUUCAUUGUUUUUUUUAUCUCUUUUACAAAUGUUUAAGGCUAUUUUCUGAAAAAUGGCCAUUUUUCCUACUGCCAGUACUGCCCCCUAUUUUUUUGUCUCUUAGAUUUAAGGUAUGUUAGUCAAACUUGGCUCAAGUGUUUAACAUAUAGACUACUACAACUUAAUGGGACAAAAUUAGACCACAUAAAAUAGAAGCAUAUUUACAGGCAAAAACAUAAAUUAAAUGGUCAUUUGGUUGCCAUGACAACAAUAUCCGCCGUAACCAAAUUUUGCCCCAUUAAGUUGUAGUCCCUUUUAUAUAGAGUUGAUGUGCCAAACAUAAGUUUAUUUAUUGCAUUUUCAUUAGAAACAAAAGGGGGCAGUGUAUCAAGUCUAACAAUAAUAUUUUAUUUUAUAGGGUUAAUAAUUAACUUCAGAAAUGCAUGGUCAGCAAUUUAAGAUCAAUAUUGAAGAAGGCAUAAUCAGGUGCCUCUUUGGUGAAAAUGUGAGCCAUUUAGGCUAAAUAUUGAAUUUUUUAUGAAUUUUAAAAGUUGUGGUCACAAUUGUCCUAGUU